GACAAACUUCAGGUCACGAGGAGAUCUGUCCUUGACCCUCGCGGAUCGUCCUCGUCUCCUCCCUCCUUCUUUUUGCUCUCCCCUCCCCGAAGCUCGCCCGCCAUCGCCUCUCCUGGACCUCUCUAGGUCCAGCCCGUCCAUGCAGCUCGACCCGUGGUGCUAAGCCAACAGCAGUUGCUGCCGUCGGUGCUGCUGGUGCUGCCACCGCCGCCGCCGCCGCCUCCAGCACUGCCGUUGCUUCUCAUCAACUGCUAGGCCGGUGCUGCAGCUCUGCUUCUCGACACUCGCUCACUGGCUGCUUUGCUUGCCUGCUUGCUUCCCGGUCUGGCUCGCCUCGCCCGCCCCUCGACGCUCCUUAUGGUCCUGCCAGAACCUGCUCCAGCCGAGGAGCUGCACUCUUCUCCCAAAGCCCCUUCUGCUUUGUAGUCUCUGCCGUCGAGACAUUCCACACUCUUUUUUCUUUCCUGUCCUAGGCUUCCAGCCCACCUUUUCCUUUGCAGCUUACUCUGGCCCGCCGAUUCACGUCAUGGCCACCCAGGCUCCCGACUCCAGCCAGCCCUCCAAGACGAGCGCCCCAAAGGACAAGAAUUGCCCCUACUGCGGGCAAGCCUUCACCUCGUCCUCCCUCGGCCGACAUCUCGAUCUAUAUAUCAAAGAGAAGAAUCCCAAGCCUCCGGAUGGCGUACACGAUGUCGAGGCUAUACGCAAGCUCCGGGGUGGCAUCACGAGGCGGCACCCCAGGGGCUCGGUUGGCGGGAGGAAGGAGUCGACACCCGCGGGCACGCCCAGACAGUCCUCGGCCAAGCGGGAGACGUCGGCCCCCGAGGCCGAGACGUUCAAGCCGGCCACCAUCCCCAAGGACGGCCAGUACGCCGUCGACUCGACACUCAGCAAGUUCCCUUUUACGCCGCGGUGGGAGGCGACGGGCGUCAUAAAUGACAUCCCCGGCAAGGGAUCCUGGGAAUCCGGCGACACGCCUCAGGACCCCGCCAGGCGCCCCAGCAUGCAGCGUACCGUCAGCAAGCAGGCCGCCCAGAAGGCCCAGUACGACGUGAAGCAGAAGCUGGCAGAUGCCAUGGACACUGCUCGGGCUGCGGAGCUUGCCCUGCGCGAGCUCCUCAGCUCGUGGCGGGCGGCCAAGCAACACAUUGACAACAACUCGAUGCCCUUCGACUUUGAUCCCCUGUCCCUCGACUUCCCCGCCCUCACGCUCCAGUGCCUUUGCCCGCCCCCAACCCUCUUCUCCUCCACCCAACACCCGACAUCGACCUCCUGGUCUGUGCAGUCGCCGGGCCAGCGCGAGUUCGGCGCCCUGCAGGCGUACUUUGAGGAAGAGUUUCGCGCCUGGAAGAUUGCGUGCGCUUCCGCCACGACAGCUGCUUACGAGGAGCUCACCUACCCACCCUCGGGCAACCCGCAUAAGGAUGCUCGCGAUGCCGUCAAGAGGGCGGAGAAGACUGCCGAGCACCUCGAGAAGCAGGUCGAGGAGCAUCUGCAGUCGGCCUACGACGUGUGGGACACCCUCCCGGCUGCGCGGCAACAGGAGCUAUGGGUACUGGAGCUGGCCCGAAGCGUCGGCAGGAAACACAAGGAGUCGGAGAAAAUGAAGGAGCAGCAGCACAGGCUGCAGCAGGAGAACGCCAAUCUGAAGAUGCAGAUUGACCAGCUGAACCGAUUGCAGCAGCCUCGCGAGUUCAAGCUGCUGUCGCCGACCACCAUCCCCAUUGAGCGGGAUCUCAUUAGCCAUGCGUACGAGCAGGGCGUCAAAGGGGGCAAGAGCGUGGGGUUCGAUCUCGAGGACCGCCACCAGGAUCUCGGCACCGUCGUGACGAGGUCAAUUGAGCGCUGGAAGAACGUCAUUACGUCGACCCGGGUCACGACAGGCGGUAUGAGCGCCCAGAAGUCUCUAGACCAGGCCGCUCAACCCCCCGGCACCGCGCCGAGCCCGUCGCAUUCGCAGCCGCAGAGCGUCUCCCAGACACCCCAACCGCAUCCCUCGUCUCAUCACCCCCCGAAACCCCUGUCUACCGCGAGCACUAACGGACCCGCGAGCGAGCCCACAACGUCCGCCAGCAACACCGGCCCGCCUUCCAUCGAAGAGGAGAUGAGCGACCAGGACGCCGACGCUGAGAUGGAGGAUGACGACAGCUUCGCCAUGAUGAAUGCCUCGCCGGCCAAAACCGCCCACGCCCCCCUGCAGCAGCAGGCGAGCCUGGACGUACCCCGGACCCGCGGCCUGGUGCAGCAGCAGCAAAGCGCCACCCAGGACAUGCGCUUCAUGAUGCAGAACGGCGCGGGCAGCCCCGUGGGCAGAGCGGGCAUGACGAUGAGCCGCUCCAUGCCCAACAUGGCCAUGGCGAUGCAAGGCAACCCGAUGCAGGGCGGCGACAUGGGCAUGAUGCAGCAAGUUCGUGGCGACCCCAUGUACAUGGAAUAAAGACAGUGUGCCGGUAAUGUCGGAUCCGGCUACAUGUAUUCAGUGAGCAGCAAGGAGAAAUGGUGGAAAAAAAAUAAAAUCUACAGGGGAAAGGGGGGGUUCCUUGAUUGAAUGAGCGACAAACAAGCGACUUGUAUAACGAUAAUGGACGGACCUUAGACCGAGCAGAGUUUUAUUCUUGCUCAUGAUGUGUUAAUACGAACCACUUUUGGAUAUAGUA